AAGAACUUCAUGAGAAUGCACAUAUCGAUUAUGAUCGUGUAGCUAUUCAAUGGAACCCUUCAGUUGCUCAAUUAUAUGAGGAUGCUUUAAAAUAUGAAACUGGUUCUGCAAUUUCUUCAUCUGGUGCAUUGGUAACGGCUUCUGGUAUGAAAACUGGCCGUUCCCCAAAAGAUAAACGUAUUGUCGAAGAACCCGGCUCAUCCAAUGAUAUUUGGUGGGGACCUGUUAACACUAAAUUGCCAGAACACGUUUUCCUCAUCAAUCGAGAACGUGCGGUUGAUUACUUGAAUACUCGUUCACGUAUCUAUGUUUUUGACGGUUUUGCCGGAUGGGAUCCAAAAUAUCGUAUCAAGGUUCGUGUGGUUUCGGCUCGUGCCUACCACUCCUUGUUUAUGCGAAAUAUGUUAAUACGUCCCACCCCGGAGGAACUCGAAAAUUAUGGAACUCCCGAUUUCACUAUUUAUAACGCUGGUGCUUUCCCGGCAAAUCGUUACACAACUGGUAUGACGUCUACCACUUCAGUUGCAAUCAAUUUUCACAUGAACGAAAUGGUAAUUCUUGGAACCGAAUACGCUGGUGAAAUGAAAAAGGGAAUGUAA